CUCUCGCCACCACAAACACCAGCAGCCGCACCCAUUCGCCAUUAGCUCCCGAAGCCACUAGCACACUAGCUCUCUUCUCCUCUCUUCCUCGGACAGCCCAACCCAGUGUGUGUAGUUUAAGCAGGAAGUCGAGAUCAAAAUGACGGGACGCUGCGGUAUCUCCUCCCCGCCGCUGCCUGCUCUUGCCCUGCUUCUCCUCCUCUGCUUCUCCUACAGCGCGGCCGCCGCUCGCCUCCUCUCGGCCAACACCGCUGCUCACCAAGGUAUCGGCAUGGCGAGAGCCAAGUCGGUAGAUGCUGCAACAACGGACGGCCCAGCGGCGCUCAAGGAGGAAGGUGGCAAGGCCGGCAAUGGCGGCGAGGUGGUGUCACCGUCUGAGGCGACGGCGGAAGGCGACACGACAGAGGAGGCGGAGGCGGAGGAGGAGGCGUGCGAGGAGGGGGAGGAGGGGGAGGAGUGCAUGCAGAGGAGGCUGCUCCACGACGCGCACCUGGACUACAUCUACACGCAGCACAAGGGCAGGCCAUGAGCAUGGGCUAGCUCUUCCGUCGAGUAGACGAUGCUGGACAUUAAGUUGACACAAGGAAUCAUCUGACGACGAUCAUGAUGAUUUUAAUCAUAUCUUAUCGAUCUACCUGCUGCUGUUUUGGCUACAUCCACCGUGCCGUGGCCCGUGCAUCUAUGCGUAUGUGCGUGGGUCUGUAGUCACAUCGUCCUUUGUACAUCGAUCGAUCGCUCGCUCGCUAAUAGUCUAAUACUAGUAUAUUGGUGCUGUACUCGCAAGUAUGGUUGUCUUCUUCAACUAUGUUUGUUUUCUUUGUUGCUGGCUUGCUGGUCGCUGGCUCCUAGUAGUGUUCGGACUUCAUGUAGUAACCUGACGGUGAUCUACUAGCUCUAGCUAACUAGCUUGCAGCAGCAUGCAACGCAAGGCUGGUUUAGUUCCUGACUAGUUUAGGAUUGUUUAGUAGAGAGAGUACUUUAUUAGUGUUGAUGAUUGAUUGGCAUGGCAUGAUGUGAAGCUGUGAUUGAGUGAA